UUGUAGUUUUAUCAUUAAUCAUAGAUACUUAGUCAUUAGCUUUCAACUCAGUCUGACACUGAAUUGUUAACAAUUUUAUUUUUAACUAAUAACGAUUUCUAGUGAAUAGGUAUAGAAAGGAAAUUUAAAGACUAUCUACAUGACUUGCGAAAACCCAAACAAGUGCUAUGCCGCGAUGCUCGAUUCUAAAAGUAACUCUGGGUCAGUGAGCUCGGCGGCUCUCAGGGACAAGGCCGCGUCGGAUCCGUCUUGUGCCCCUCAGAAUGUAACCGAGGCUCAGAUAAAGCCACAGAUCUCUGCACCCUCGUAUUUUUAUUCUUUGAAGGAGAACGAAGCGUUGCCGUUCAAGAGGCCCGAGAAAGAACCGCGACCAAAACUACUGCUGAAUAGCGUCGUGAACGAAAACGAUGUUGUGGCGAUGAUCGCCGCGCAUGACGCGAACAGAACUGAAGGUCUGAAGAAACACAUAGGUAAACUUUUAGUCGAAAAGCAAAUCGUGGUCAAUUAUAAUUUGUCAGAAAGAAAAUUUGUCACGAAUCUGCUGUGCGAGACGAUAGACUAUGCAGCCCAGCGCGACUUCUCGGCGUUUAAGCUAGCUUGUUUACUUACAACCUACGUCACUGUUCAUAGUUACUUCAAGUGGUAUUAUUGGCAAGCCCCAGUCUCUGUUUGGAUGUAUUUCAAAGAACUUAUGAUACGGCUUACAAUUGAGGAUUCACCAGAUGGAGAAGCAAUAUUUGAGCCAGACGAAUGCUACGACAUACUGUCACACUUCCACACCAUGUACAUUAAGAAUCUACCACUGAUACAUGUUCUUACUUUUGGUGUUCGAAGACUCAAGUUUUUGUGGCCUUUCAAACGGAAAUAAGUUUGUUUGAAAAUUAAAAACUUCAGUUCUCUUGGUAGAUUCUGAUUUAUUAAA